UGAGAAAGUAAAACUGACAAAUAAUGAGAUGGAUAAACAAGGGCAUAUAGUGCUUAACUCAAUGCACAAGUACCAGCCAAGAAUCCAUCUCAUCCGACUUCGAUCCGAUAGUUCGAGUCCGCCCUUGAUUACCGACUUGGAAGCAGAAUUAUAUAGAACUUAUAUCUUCCCAGAAACGGUUUUUACUGCAGUUACAGCAUAUCAAAAUCAACUGAUUACAAAGUUAAAAAUCGACAGUAAUCCAUUUGCCAAAGGUUUUCGAGAUUCUUCACGACUCACUGAUCUGGAGAGGUAA